AUGACGCAAGAUAAAUAUACGAAUGGGUUCAUUUCAUCCCAACACACCAACAUUAGUCAAUCGGAAAAUGAAAGAAAUUUGAAAAUUACCGCAGUUGGAGAUGGCAUGGUUGGAAAGACCUGCAUACUGAUUACGUACACGUCUCACGAAUUCCCCACCGAAUAUAUUCCUACAGUGUUUGAUAAUUAUUCGCUAGUAAUCAACGUAGAUGGUCUACCAUACAAUGCAUCACUUUGGGACACUGCUGGCCAAGAAGAUUACGAAAGAUUGCGACCUUUAUCUUAUCCAAAUACGAAUUGUUUUUUAUUAUGCUACUCGAUUAGUAAUAGAAGUUCAUUCGACAAUAUUAUCACCAAAUGGCAUCCAGAAUUAAAGAAAUACUGUCCAGACGUGCCGAUAAUUUUAGUCGCCACCAAAUGUGACCUUCGCACUACACCCAAAGAAGUAAUAACGUUGAGCGAAGGUAAAAGAAUGAGUCGCAAAAUACGAGCUCGAAAACACAUGGAAUGUUCAGCUUUACAUAAUAAAGGCCUAAAUGAGAUAUUUGAAGAAGCUGUCAGAUGUGCGGUCAAAAAAAGGAAUACCGAUCACCAUAAAGCUUGUGUAUUAUUGUAAGCAUUAAAAAAUGUGAAAUGUUAAUUUCAGAAUUUGAGUACCACUAGAAAUUACCGUAUUUACCGCACAUUUUAUAAACGUGUUCAAUUUGUGCGGGUACGCGAUGUUUGCGAAAUGAUGUAAUGUAACUAUUGAAGAAAAAUAUUGUGUGUAACGUCGUAUAUAUUUUCAACUUUUUAUACACUUUGUAGUGCCAUAUUUUUUAAAAAAUUUCAGCAUCGAUACUAUUCCUUGUGUUCGUAAAAGUCUAUAAUCCAGAAAGUUAUGGAAUUCUAAUUGUAAUAGACAAUUAAGUAUGCAUUUUGUGUGUGUGUGUUUUUUUUCUACAACUUACGCGAGCGUGUGAAUCACGAAAAUUUAUGAUUUUUCUGGGUCAAAUGACGAGAAACAGAUGUGUUGAAAAUUUCAUAAAAGUAUUAAAAAAUUGUCUCAGUCAUACGUAGGUAAUAAAAUAUGUCGCGUUGUUACAACCAAAAGCGAAUGUCGUCUAGAGUUUGUAUCCCGAAGAAGCAGUAUUAAUCCCUUUGUGUUUUUUUUUUUCAUCUCAAAUUUCUCCCAUGUUUACUGUUGUAUGAGCGAGUUCGAUUCGUUACGAACGAUUACCUAUCUUCCAUGUGUAAUAAAUACUAUCGCACGAACGAAUUGUUUCUACUAGGAAUUUUUAUUAAAUCAAAAAUAAAAUUUAUUUUUGUAAACGUGAAUAACGUUUAUUAGUAAUAACUUUAUCGCUAAUUUAUUAGUUACCUAUGAAAAAUGUCACUUACUCAUGUACUAUUCAGUUUACUACGUUUUGUAUGUACAUAAUUAUUUUCAAAAAUAUAUAAGUUUAUAUUUUUUUCUAAUAACAA